UCUAUUACACCUUGGCAAGUCAGUCGGUAGUAGUGUUAGUCGUCAUCCUCAGCACCGCCACAGGAUCCAGUCUCGCCGCCACCCACUCGUCGCGUCCUCGCCGAUACACACGUCUGACAUGUCUUCCAAAGGAUGGUUCAAUCUCGAGGCUGCAGGGGGCAUGAUCCCAGAGACCCAGUUCUUCGAAGGGGACUCUGCAUUCAAGUUCCUCGGUCUCACUCGCACUCAGCGCCUCUACGGCUUCGUUGGCUGCCUUGUCAUCGGAUUCGUACUGAGCAUACUAGGCAGCAUACUUCUGUUCUUGGGUCAACUCGGCAGCUUCGCGGUCCUGUAUACUAUCGGUGUCCUCGUGUCCCUCGCAGGUACAGGGUUUCUGAUCGGGUUCGCUACUCAGAUCAAGCUGAUGUUUAAACCUGUACGUUUGGUGGCCACCGUCGUCUUCCUGGGUUCUAUCGCCCUGGUCUUCGUCGGCGCAUUCGUGCUUCGAAACGAGGUUCUCUGCAUCAUAUUCGUGAUCAUCGAGUACCUAGCGUAUACGUGGUAUUCAUUGUCAUACAUCCCAUACGCUCGUUCGGCCGUACUCAAAGUGGUUGGGUUGAAUUGACGUUAACGAAUCACGACAAUUUUAUGGUUGCCAUCGCUGUCGCUUACAUUCUAGGUCUAGUUUUGUUAUUGUAAUCAGAUGUAGCAGUCACUCGUCGCAAAAUCAAGACAAAACGUGA